AUGGGGUCUCUUCCUCUCACCGGUAGCAAACCAUUCUUCACCAACCUUAGUUGGUCUUCAUCACACAUAACAAGAACAAAAACUAGAACCAUUUCUCUGAAUCAGAGAGUCAAGGUUUUCGCCUCGCAAUCACGAAAUGAAGAACAAAGAGAACCCCCUAAACUCGACAGUUACGACCUCAUGGAACUCAAGUUCGGUCAGUUAAUGGGAGAAGACCCCAAGCUCACCCUUGCCAAGAUAAUGGGAAGAAAGGCUAACCCGGAUGCUUCUUAUCUUGACAUUGAGAAAGCAUUUUAUAAGAACGGUGGUAAAGUUGUGGAAGUGGAGGAAGUACCAUUUGAGGGCUCUAAAGGAGGGAAGUCAUCAAGGAAACUGGAUGACCUUGGUUUGGUGCGUCCUGUUCCUGUUAAGGGAUUCAAUUUCAAAUCUGAUGAUAACAAACCUGCAUUGGAGAUUAAGAAACCUGUCCGGACUGAAAAUGUGGAAGGGAAUGUUAGGAAGAGUAGUGUUCCCAAUGUUAUUCUGAGGAAGCCGACCGUGUUUAAAGAUGAUGGUGAUGAGGACACGAUGACUUCAAGGUUAAGAAUGAGGCCCAAUCUGUCACUGAAAAUGCGGGAUGAGCAAGUGAAGGAUAAGUUUAGCGACAUGACACUGUUGAGGAAGCCUGAACCACCGGUUGCCAAGAAUACUGAUAUGGUCGAAGAGUCUUCAUCUAAUGUGGACCAAGGCAACGAUGACGGUGAAUUGAAGACGUGGAAUGAAGAGGUGGGUGAUGAAAUUAAUGGCUUUACAUUGUUAAAGCGGCCACACAGACCAAUCCUUGAUAAAGAAGGAGAGAAGUUUGGAGAAGUGAAGGCCAUGGUACCUAAUGAUGUAGGUGAAUUGGAGCAACAUGAGCAGAGACAGCUGGAGUUCCAUCAGACGUCAAAUGAUUUAAGUGAAUCAUCGGAUAUAAAGUCAGUUGAUUCUAAAUUUGAGUUGCCUUUGGAUGCUGCACUACAGGCAAAGGCAAGAAGAUUAGAUCAAUAUGUAAAACAAACCUCAAAUUUUGUUGAAGAGGGCAUUUCCCUUAAUCAUGGAGAUCAAACAAACAAUGAUGAUUCAGGGAAUGCUGUUGAUGUGUCAGAUUUACAGGAAAGUGAAGAUGCUGAUUGGACCAGGGCUGAAGAAUUGAUUAAGACCGGAGACAGAGAAGUUGUGGAACUAGUGAGCUGCAAUACCAAAGGUUUCCUAGUAUCUUUUGGUUCCUUGGUAGGAUUUAUGCCAUACCGUAAUCUUAGUUCCAAGUGGAAGUUCUUAGCUUUUGAGACUUGGUUAAAACAGAAGGGUUUGGAUCCAUCAAUAUACAAGCAAAAUUCCGGAACUAUUACAAGUUUUGAUACUGAAAUUAAGUAUUUUGCUCCUGAUUCUCCUCCAUUUCCGAACAUUGAUGUUGAAGAAAAAAUUUCACCAGAUAUGAAAUUGGAAGAUCUGCUAAGGAUUUAUGACCACGAGAAAAUUAGGUUCUUAUCAUCAUUUAUUGGACAGAAACUUAAAGCAAAUGUGUUAUUGGCAGACAGAAAAACAAGAAAGCUCAUACUCUCUCUAAAACGGAAAGAGAGUGAAGAAUCAGUUGAGAAGAGGAGAAAUCUCAUGGCUAGACUUCAGGUUGGGGAUAUAGUGAAAGGCUGCAUCCAGAAAAUAACUUACUUUGGAAUUUUUGUUGAGGUUGAAGGAGUUUCUGCGUUAAUUCACCAGUCUCAAUUAUCUUGGGAUGCCACUGUGAACCCAGCAUCAUAUUUUAAGAUUGGUCAGGUUCUGGAGGCAAAAGUUCACCAAUUAAACUUCGCUCUUGAGCGCAUACUUUUAUCAUUAAAGGAAGUCACGCCUGAUCCGUUAAUGAAUUCCUUAGAGGCUAUAGUUGGGGAUCAUGACCCCUUAGAUGGGAGAUUGGAAGCAGCUCAAACAGAUGUAGAGUGGCCUGAAGUGGAAUCGCUUGUUGAAGAACUGCAAAAGAUUGAGGGAGUCCAGUCUGUUUCCAAAGGCCGUUUUUUCAGAAGCCCCGGUUUAGCACCAACUUUUCAGGUUUAUAUGGCAUCUAUCUUUGAGGAUCAAUACAAGUUACUAGCUCGAUCUGGAAACAAAAUACAAGAGGUGAUAGUUCAAAGUUCUUUAGAUAAAGAAAGGAUGAAAUCAGUUGUUAUGACGUGUGCAAACAGAGUGGAAUAA